UCGCCAACUUGUUCCUGGAACGUCAUCAGGAAUCUGGUGACUAAAGAUUACGUGUGAAGUUAGUAGCCAGGUGCUAGCCGCGACAAAAACAACGCACACAGAUGUAACGCCUGGAGAAAUAUUAGCGUUAAACGUGAUUUCUAUUACAAUGAACCUCAGCUCUGUCAGAGUCUAUGGAGUUGUUACGAGUCAAGGCAGCAGAGAGUAACACCAGAAUGAGAUCUGCUUACGCUGUGAAUAUAAGCCGUUCUGCUUUCCGAGGACCCUAAAGGGUCUCGUUGACAGUUGGGGAGACGUUCAAACCAUUGCUUUACACACACAGCUAUACGCUACAUCUACACUACAGAGAUGUUCGCAAAGUUGAAGAAGAAGCUGGCGGAGGAGGCCGCCACUGCCCCUCGAUCAGGCCGCAUCCCUCGCUCCAUGAGCAAAGAGUCCAUCACUUCUGUGGGCGCAGAUUCUGGCGAUGACUUUACAUCUGAUGGCAGCAGCUCCAGAGAUGAUGUUUCUUCUCAGAUUCAGCGCAGAAACGAUCAGAUACGAAAACUGGAGGCCAAACUCUCAGACUACGCUGAGCAGCUUCGGCUAAUGCAGAAGACUAAGGAGAAGCUUGAGAUUGCAUUAGAGAAGUAUCAGGAUUCAUCCAUGCGCAAACUUCAGGACCAGAAUGAAGCUUUCCAGACCAACCGAGCCAAGAUGGCAGAAGGCAUGGCCUUAGCAUUAGAGAAGAAGGACCAGGAGUGGAUAGAAAAGCUAGCUACUCUGGAGCAGGAUAAGUUGUCACUGGCAGCUCGGCUAGAUGAGAUGACGGAGCAGAGUUUAAGUCUGUUCCAGAAGAGAGAUGACCUGGAUGAGCUGGAGGGCUUUCAGCAGCAGGAACUGGCCAAAGUCAAACACAUGCUGCUGAGGCGAGAGGAACAGCUAAGUCAGCGGGAGAAAGAGCUCAAACUGAGAGGAGAGGAGCUGAACACAGCAAGACUGACCCUGAGCCAAACCCAAGACAAGCUGUAUGAGCUGGCAGAGGAACACGAGGAGAUGUGCAGGGUCAACUCACAGCUACAGGCCCAGAGGGAUGAGUUGUUGAGUGAGAGAACAGAGGCUGAGAGGAAGGUUGUGGCUCUGGAGAAGAGAGAGCAGGAGUUACAGCAGCUGAUCCAGCAGGUGUCAGAGGACUUCCAGAAGGCACAAAACAAUGCAAAGGCACUAGAGAAAUCAAUAGAGCAGCUCCAGUCUGAACACAAUAAGCUGAAGCUACAGCACGAGCAGCACAAGAACAAGGUUGCAGUGACCGAGGAGGAGAGAGAGCGUCUAUUGGCUGAUCUGCAGGAGAAGGCCACCUCCUUAGAGAGGAGACUAGAUGCGAACCUCUCUCAGGAUGAGCACCUACGGGAACUACUCAAGGAGAAGUCUUCAUUACAGCAGAGGUUAGAGGAGGCCAGAGGAGAGUUACUGGAGGAGAGAACAAAUCACACCACUGCGGUCAGUUCACUGGAGGCCCAGAUCUCUCGGCAGAACGCCAACAUCACAGAUCUGCAGACUCUGGUCAAGCACAAAGACGAUUCAUCCAAAGCUUACAGAGAGAGGACAGAUGCACAGAUAUCAGAUCUGGAGCAGAGGCUGGCUGACUGCACUGAGACGAUGAAGAGUCUGCAACAGCAACUUGAAGACAGUGAAACGCAUGCAGAAAAGCUGCAGGCAGAGUGGGCAGAGGAGAGAGAGAGACUACAGCAGCAGGUCUCGACACAGAGACAGAGAGGCUUGGAAAAAACAGCCAGACUGGAGGAGGAACUUCUUACUCUACAGAGACAGAGAGAAACGGAGGCAAGCAAGCAUCAGGACAACCUGCGGUUACUGGAGGAGGAAAAAGCCUCACUGUUGAAGAGCAAAGCUGAGGUGGACAGCACUGUAAAGAGACUGACAGCAGAACUAGAGCAGUCCAGAGCGGAGUUGAUCAGCAGACAGACGGUAAGCGUUGAAAUUGCCAAAGCUCUGGAGGAAACCAGAAAACAGAGAGAAGAACUCCAACAACAGGUCAGCAAAAUGGCAAAGUCUCUUGAAAAGGCGGAAAAUGAAGUGAGUCGUCUUUCUCAGAAUUUAGGAGCAAAGGAGGAAGAACUAAACAUGCUGAAGGAAGAGCUGCAGGCGGCCCUUAGCAGUCUGUCUUCUCUCCAGGCUGAGUGCGAGUCUCGUCGUUUAGAGGCUGAGGAGCGAGAGAGAGAACACAACUCUCAGCUGACGUCACUACAGCAGGAAAUCCUCACAAAAACACAACAACUCUCUACUUACCAGUCACGGGUGUCUGAUCUUGAGGGUGAGCUGUUGAGUUUAACAGCACAGUCACAUGAUGAGUGUGAUGGUGAGCAGAACGGGACGGUUACUGUAAGUGAUCUUGACCAGUUACAAAAUGUCAAUAAAGACCUGGAGCAACAGCUAGCCGAAAAGAACAAGACAAUAAAGCAGCUACAGCAGAGGCUUGCAGAACUGAAGAGGACAUUACAGAAAGAGCUGAAACUGAAGCCAGAUCCUGACUCUGAGACAAAGGAGAGACUCCAGGAAAGCAGGCAGGAGAAAUCAACCGAUAAGACGAUCUCAGAGACACCGAUGCCCGCCACAGCUCCAACCCCAGCUUCAGGACUCCCUCAAACUUCAGGCCCGCCUCCCAUCACCUCCAACACCACAGUCACCAACAGUUCAGACCUCACAGACACAAGAGAGAUCAACUUUGAGUACCUCAAACACGUGGUGCUGAAGUUCAUGUCAUCCAGAGAGGCAGAGGCUUUCCAGCUCAUCAGAGCCAUUUCUGUACUUCUGCAUUUCACAAAAGAAGAGGAGGACAUGCUCAAACAGACACUGGAGUACAAGAUGUCGUGGUUCGGUUCCAAGCCCACACCCAAAGGUAUCAUACGGCCUUCCAUCUCAGGAACCUCAAGUUGGAGCUGAAAGACAAAUACAGUGAAUAAUCUCAGUAGAAACCUACCGACGUCUGAAGGGAGCAAUUGCAGAUUCCACAGUUACAAUCUCUGCCUCAACAGUUCCUAUGUAGCUCGUGCCCUUUAAACAGCACGACACAAACAACUGUCCAUUUUCACUAAAAUAUUGCAGGGACUGGAAACUAAUGCUAUAUGAACAUAAUCUUUUCUUGACUGGGGAAAUUCAUCUUUUAAGUAAUGGUCAUCCGUCUCACUCAUGUACUCUGUAACUGCUGUUUCCAACAUCCUUCAACUGGAACAGAAUGGAAAACCCUUCUUUCUUGUAUUUACCUUUUUUUUUUUUGUAACUCCAAUCUGAGCUCUUUGAAAUCAAGGUUGGGCAAAUCAUAUCCGCCAGUCCAUUUCAGUGCUACUUAAUGAAGACCAUAAACAAUUUUCCUUUUCCUCCAGUACUGGACGUCAGUGAAAAUCAGGAAUGGGAUGUCACAUUAUACUGUCGUGAUUUCAAAUAUGUGGAAGCAUCUUACUUUAAUCUGCCUUGUGUAAAUUACAGUUACGUACAUGCCAUACUAGUAUUUAUAUAUGAAUACCUGUAUAUAAGUGAUGAGGAUUUAUAAAUCAGUGGAUACAUAACUUGUUUUUUUUUUGUCAUCAUACACAUGCAUUAGUAUCAUAUGUGUGUGAGAUUCUUCACUGUGGGCUUGAAACUGUAAUAUAGAGGCAUGUAUGCACAGACUGAGAAAACGAGCAUGCAUGCCUUAUACCGAAUGCUUUGAUUGUACAUUGGUUUUGAGUGUAUACUGAAGCAUUUGAGUACACUUGACGCCUUAAUGUUCAAGGCUAACUGCAUUUCUAUUUCUCUGAGAACAUGUCAAUAGAAACAUCUUUCCUUUUUACCUGUAAAAACAAAGUGGUUUUCGGUCAAAGCCAGUGUUUUGCUGUCAGAACAAUGUAAUUGUGUGUGUUUUAACACUUUUAAGGCCACAUCAGCAGCACUAAGGUUAACACUCUGGAUGACAGACUCUUCUUCUAGAGACUUAAAAAUCUCUGCAGGAUGCUUAACACGUUUCCUGUUUUUAGAAAAAGAAACCCAAAGAUUUCUGUUUUAUGUGUAAAGACUGAUUGAAUUCGGUUUUUAUGAAGCUUGAAUCAGUGGAUUCAGAGAAUUCGUUUUGCCGUAAAUGAAAGUUAAUGGCCUGUGUGUGAACCGCUUAGGAAUGAGAUUUCUAUUGAAAGAUCCAAAAAGCACUUUUCUACAACCGUAUUCAUGUUUUGUUUGAUGUUAUACUGUAGCCGUCACAGUAUCCAUUGCCUCUGCUGUCAGCAAAAUACCACUACAUCCUUAUUUUGGUUUCACUUCAUGUUAUGUCAGGAAUAUCAAAACUUGAUAAAAAUGAUGUUCUUUCUCA